AAGAGAAGAGGAGGAAGGAAGGAAGGAAGCAAGGAAGGAAGGAAGGAGAAAGAGAGAGACAGAAAGAGGAGAGAUCUGGAGGGGAAGAAGAGGAGACGCAGGGCAGAAAUAAGAGAGGAUCACACUCGCCCAGCAGCAUCCACAGGCCAGACUGGGGACAGUGCUGCUUCCACCGCUCCUCGGAUGGUGACGGGGCCUCGCCGCGGACGCAGUCCCCCCGAGCACCGGCUCUGCAGGUCCUCACUGCCGGAGCCCCGCAGGAAUCAUGCCCAGGUCCUUCCUGGUUAAGAAGGUCAAACUUGACACAUUCUCUUCGGCAGACCUCGACAGCUCCUACGGGCGCGCCCGCAGCGAUCUCGGAGUGCGACUGCAGGAUAAAGGAUACCUCAGUGACUACGUGGGGCCUGCGUCUGUCUACGAUGGCGACACUGAGGCGGCGUUGCUCAAAGGGCCAUCCCCGGAGCCUAUGUAUGCUGCGGCUGUGCGCGGAGAGCUGGGUCCCGCGGCCUCUGGCUCACGCUCCAACCUGCGCGCACACAUGCAGACGCACUCCGCCUUCAAGCACUUCCAGUGCAAGCGCUGCAAGAAGAGCUUCGCGCUCAAGUCUUAUCUCAACAAGCACUACGAGUCAGCCUGCUUCAAGGGCGGCGCCGGCGGCCCCGCAACCCCUGCGCCGCCGCAGCUCAGCCCGGUUCAAGCCUAG